GUGAACCAGUUGUAGUUGACGCAUCCUGCUCUCGCGCACACGCCUUCGGCGUUUGUGUUGCGCUCGAGCCGAACUAAGCGAUGGCGAGUGUCCGAGCUGCAGGGGCUUUGUGCAAGCUGACCGCAAGCAAAUACUCUCACUUCUCAGGAAAUGGAUGCCGGAACCUCUCUGUGUCAGCAGCCUUACUUGCUCGCACUCACGUGAACUAUGAGAUUAAAGACGACGUGGCAGUGGUGAGGAUCAACGAUCCGACCUCCAAGGUGAACACUCUGUCGAAGCACACGCUGACCGAGCUGAAGGAGGUGUUGGGGGAAGUUUGGGGAAAUGGAGCAGUGAAGAGCGCUGUGCUCAUCUCCACCAAACCAGGCUGCUUCAUCGCCGGGGCUGAUAUCAACUUGAUCAAGGCCUGUAAGACUGCAGAGGAAGUGACAUCAAUGUUACAGGGAGGACAGAAGAUGUUUGAGAAGAUCGAGAAGUCACCCAUCCCCAUUGUGGCAGCCAUUAAUGGCGUCUGUCUGGGCGGCGGCCUGGAGUUUGCGAUUGCGUGUCAGUACCGAGUGGCUACUAAGAGUAAGAAGACGGUUCUGGCUGCACCGGAGGUGAUGCUGGGACUUCUGCCCGGAGCCGGAGGAACUCAGAGGCUCCCCAAGAUGGUGGGACUUCCUGCUGCGUUUGAUAUGAUGUUGACGGGGAGGAACAUCCGAGCAGACAAGGCCAAGAAGAUGGGCCUCGUCCACCAGGUCAUCGACCCACUGGGUCCGGGACUAAAGAGCCCAGAGGAAGGGACUAUUGAGUAUCUAGAGGAAGUGGCUGUGGGCGUGGCUAAAGGCCUGGCUAAUAAGAAGGUGACUGUGGAGAAGAAGAAAGGCUUAAUGCAGAAGCUGCAGGAUUCAGUGAUGGGAAUGGCUUUUGUCAGGAAACAGAUCUACAACACAGUCACUAAGAAAGUCAUGAAACAAACCAAAGGACUUUAUCCAGCACCUCUUAGUAUCAUAGAGUGUGUGCAAACAGGUCUAGAGAAAGGUUCAGAUGCAGGAUAUCAGAUGGAGUUAGAGAACUUUGGCAAGCUGGCCAUGACCUCAGAAUCACGCAGUCUGAUCGGUCUGUACCAGGGGCAGGUCGCCUGUAAGAAGAACAAUUUCGGUAAACCAGAGAGAGAAGUGAAGACCCUGGCGAUCCUAGGGGCGGGGCUUAUGGGGGCGGGUAUUGCCCAGGUAACUGUGGAUAAGGGCGUGGCUACCAUCCUUAAGGACACGGCGGUGGAGGGACUGGCCAGAGGACAACAGCAGGUCUACAAGGGACUGAAUGAUAAAGUGAAGAAGAAGAGUAUAACAUCGUUUGAGAGAGAUGCGACUCUGUCGGUUCUGACUACACAGUUGGACUACAGCGGCUUUAACAAGGCUGACCUGGUGAUCGAGGCCGUGUUCGAGGAUCUGGCCAUCAAACACAGAGUGCUGAAGGAGGUGGAAGCUGUGACCCCUCCUCACUGCAUCUUCGCCUCCAACACAUCAGCUCUUCCCAUCAGAGACAUCGCCUCUGUCAGCACCAGACCUGAGAAGGUGAUCGGGAUGCACUAUUUCUCUCCGGUUGAUAAGAUGCAGUUGUUGGAGAUCAUCACCACUGAUAAAACUUCUAAAGACACGACGGCGUCGGCUGUAGCUCUUGGCCUCAAGCAGGGCAAAGUCAUCAUCGUAGUGGGGGAUGGGCCGGGAUUCUACACCACUCGUUGUCUGGCUCCGACCCUGGCAGAGGCGAUCAGAGUGCUGCAGGAAGGGGUGGGGCCUAAGAAGCUUGACACUUUGACGACAGGUUUUGGGUUUCCUGUCGGUGUGGCAACGCUGGUGGACGAGGUCGGGGUGGACGUGGCGGCUCAUGUGGCAGAGGAUCUUGGGAAGGCGUUCGGUUCACGGUUCGGGGGCGGGGACGUGGGGGUGCUGAAGAGCAUGGUGGAGAAAGGGUUCAUGGGUCGUAAAUCAGGUAAGGGCUGUUAUGUGUACGGAGCCAAAUCAAAGGAUAAGCAGCUGAACAAAGGGACUGAGGAAAUCCUGCAAAAGUUUAAACUGGUGGCGCCCCCUGCUGUAUCUGGAGAUGAGAACAUACAGUAUCGGCUCGUGUCCCGAUUCGUGAACGAGGCUGUCCUGUGUCUUCAGGAGGGAAUUCUGCCCGAUCCGGUACAGGGAGAUAUCGGUGCCGUGUUCGGAUUGGGCUUCCCUCCCUGUCUAGGAGGUCCCUUCCGCUUUGCGGACACGUUCGGCGCCGAUAAACUCGUCCAGAAGAUGAGACGGUACGAAGAGGUGUACGGAAACCAGUUCACCCCCUGCCAGCUCCUCCUGGAUCACGCCAAGGAUCCCAGCAAGAAGUUCCACAAGUGAACCUCGGAGCUUCUGACCCAUGAAACAGCCUUGCAUUUGAUGCCUAGGAGGAACUUUGUACCUGUUUUGUUGGUCACAUGACCUGCUGCAUAACUGUUCAUUUCACCUUAAGCUCAUUUUCAGUUCUGCUAAUAUUAGCGGACAUGCCUUCGCUUGCACAUGGUUUUGUUUUCUUACUUGAAAAUUAUUUAAGUGUUUUAAUUUCACUUUACAUAGUUAAUAAAAUUAUUUUAUUUUCUGCUUGAUCAGAAAA